CAAUACCAAACCAAAAUGUCUGCACAACACCGCAUAUUGUUCCUGAACGCCACUCAGUUCACAUACAGCUGAAUGUUUUUGUGGAUAUUUCUGCCGUUGACAAAGUGAACUUUUGGAUGGCUGGUUCUGGCAUGAUGAUUCUGGUUUGGAUCAUAUUCUUUUUAUCAGUUAAUCUGGCUGAAUGUGUGCCAGAGAAGCCAAAGAGAUCCACUCUGAACCAGCUGACCAGAACCCUGCUGAGGAAAUAUGACUGUGGAGUUCGACCCGUCCACAACUGGACCAGUUCUACUACAGUCUACAUAGACCUCAUACUGCAGUCUGUCCUCGAUGUGGAUGGAAAGACCCAGAGCAUUACUACAAGCAUUUGGUACAGACAGAUCUGGAGGGAUGAGUUCCUCGUUUGGAACCCGGAGGACUUUGACGGCAUCACUGAGCUCUCUCUCUCUUCUGACGCCAUCUGGGUGCCUGACAUCAUCGUCACUGAAUUCGUGGAAGAGGGAAAGUCCCCUCCAAUCCCCUACGUCUAUGUCAACUCAUCUGGUUCUGUGAGGAACUACCGGCCGAUCCAGGCGGUGCUGGCGUGCAGCUUGGAGAUGUACACCUUUCCUUUUGACAAGCAGAACUGCAGCCUCACCUUUCGCAGCUGGCUUCACUCAGUGAAAGAAAUCGACCUGGCUCUGUGGAGGAGCGCAGAGGCCAUAGCGGGCGAUAAGAGGGAGUUCAUGAAUGAUGGCGAGUGGGAACUGCUGUCCGUUCCAUCCCAGUACUGGCAGAUCCACCAAGACGACGCCGACUAUGCUCAGAUCCAGUUCAACCUGCUGAUCCGCCGGCGCCCCCUGCUGUAUGUGGUCGGCCUCCUCAUUCCCAGCAUCUUCCUCAUGCUGGUGGACGUGGUGAGCUUCUACCUGCCUCUGAACAGCGGAACGAGAAUUGCCUUCAAGAUCAGCAUUCUGCUGGGCUACACCGUCUUCAGGGUCAACCUGACAGACGAACUGCCUGCCACCGCUCUCAGGACUCCUCUCAUUGGAGUGUUCUUCGUGGUGUGCAUGGCCAUGCUGAUGCUCAGUCUCAUCAAGUCCAUAUUGGUGGUGAAGCUGCUCCAUCACAGCGAGAAAGAGGUCAAGCAAAUGUCACUGUCUGCCUGCCUGCUGGACCGGUACGGCUCAGCCGGCCACAGCCUCAGCGAGAGCGCUUUGACCUCCAUCAAAACCCUCGACAACAUCUACGCACCUGGAGAUUAUGAGCUUGAAAGCUCCCUGGAGGAAGAUCUCCUGUCCCUGAAUGACGUCCCAGAUCCUCCGUCUGGACUGGAGUGGCUGCUCCAGGAACUGGUUUUCCUUCGGAUGGCUUUUUCCCAGGAGGACAGCGAGUCUUCAGCUCAGGCCGAAUGGUUGUCGCUCUGCCUGCGGCUCGACCGCUUGCUGUUUCGCCUUUACUUGCUGGUUUUAGCCGUGUACACCGGUACGCUGCUGCUGCUGUGGGCCAGAUGGAGCUUCAGUUGAGCCAGCAGCACAAAUAUGAUCACUUGGUGGUUCGGCUCAACAACACUGAUUGGGAAACUCAUUCAGAAGAGAAGCCAUCUGAUUAAGACAAACUCAUUGUAAAGGUAUUACUAAGUCAUUGAUUUUGUAAACAGUUAUCUAAAAGUUUUACAUUUCUUUGCUUUUCUAAAAAAAUGACCAUGCUUUAGAGGCUCUGAACUCCCUUUUAUUGCAAAAAGUGAUUGAACAAGAGCUUUUAGGUGCUCUCAUUGACUCCUUCUGCAAAUUUCAGUCUGUAUUGUUUCAGUUGGCUUGUUUUGCAUGACCUGCAGGACAAUCUGCAGUCUUAGUAGCCCCGGAUUCAAGUUUAGACUUUGACACUAAGAAGCUGGGGAGGCUUAUUUUUGAUUUAGAAAUACUUAAUUUGCAAAAUUAAACUUUAACUUCUCAUUGGUUAUUUUUAAUGCAUGGCAUCCCACAUAGUUCUGUUCUUGAUCCUGUUAAGUUUGUGUCUUUUUUGUUUCCCUUAUAUUAUCUUAUAUGAUCAUCACCAGGUAAUGUCAGAAGCUUUUUUUGUGGUGAGUCAAGCAUCCAUUAGGCAUCUGCAGGUGAUGUAAAAUGCUAUUAUAUGUAUUUUUUGCAUUAGCAUUUGGCACAAUUUAAUAGUUUGACUCCAGUAUAUUUAUUUUUUGUGUAUUUUCAUGUCAUUUGCAUAGAAAUUUGUGAACCACUUUGAAGUACUUCAUUAA